AUAUAUAUAUAUUCUUUUACAACCACAGUGAAAGUUGCUCGUUUGCGUAGAGUCGUAGAAAAAAAAAUGUUUUGUUUUAAAUAUACAGGUCUAUUUGGAUUAUACCGCGCCGUGAAACUGUAAAACGCUCGCCACGCAGAGACGAAGCGGGGGACUGUGUCGUGCCACGGCUGAGUACGCGUCUCGGUGGGUCGUACUUCGGCUUUAAAACUGGCGUGCGUUCAGGGAGGAGUGUGGUUUAAACGCUGACUUUUAUGGUGCUCCAGUGUCUCUCUGUCUCGGCCAGUGGAUUAUGUGUGAGGACAACCUAACAUCUCUUCUUUUUACUCUUUGAAUGCUGCCACCAGCACUCGUUUGGUAAUUUGUUCUGAACUUUUGAGUCAUGGAUAACAAGGAGGAAUCGCAGAGUGUCCUGACCUGGGAGCAGGUGAGCCGGCUGGACGAGGUCCUCACCGAGGUGGUGCCCGUCCACGGGCGGGGCAACUUCCCCACGUUAGAGGUGCAGCUGAAGACUAUUGUGGCGCGGGUGCGCUCCCGCCUGGAGCUGAGCGGCAUCAAGGUGAAGGACGUGCGGCUGAACGGCUCCACCGCCAGCCACGUGCUGGUGCAGGACAUCGGCUGGAGCUACAAGGACCUGGACGUCAUCUUCAAGGUGGACCUGCCGCACGAGGCGGAGUUCAGGCUCAUCAAGGACGUCGUGCUGGGCACCCUGCUGGAGUUUCUCCCCGAGGGCGUGAACAAGGAGAAAAUCACACCCAUGACUUUGAAGGAGGCUUACGUCCAAAAGCUGGUGAAGGUCAGCACCGAGCAGGACCGCUGGAGCCUCAUCUCCCUCUCCAACAACAACGGCCGCAACGUGGAGCUGAAGUUUGUGGACUCGAUACGUCGGCAGUUUGAGUUCAGCGUGGACUCCUUUCAGAUCGUCCUGGACUCCAUGCUCUCCCACUACGACAGGCCGAAGGCGUCCUUGUCUCAGGCCUCUCACCCCGUCGUCGGCGCCGAGAGCGUGUACGGGGACUUCAACGUGGCGCUCGGCCACCUCAGGGACAAGCUGAUCGCCACCAAGCGGCCCGAGGAGAUCCGCGGCGGCGGCCUGCUGAAGUACUGCAACCUGCUGGUGCGGGACUUUCGGCCGGCCAACGAGGAGGAGUUCAAGGGCCUGGAGCGGUACAUGUGUUCGCGCUUUUUCAUUGACUUUCCCGACAUCGGCGAGCAGCAGCGCAAGGUGGAGGCCUACCUCCAGAGCCACUUCAUCGGCGAGGAGAAGAGCAAGUACGAGUACCUCACGAUCCUGCGGCGGGUGGUCAACGAGAGCACGGUGUGCCUCAUGGGCCACGAGCGCCGGCAGACCCUCCACCUCAUCUCGCUCAUGGCCUUCCGGGUCCUGGCGGAGCAGAACGCCAUCCCGGACGCGUCCUGCGUCACCUGCUACUACCAGCCGGCGCCGUAUGUCCGAGACCACAACUUCAGCAACUACUACGUGGCCAACCAGAACAUUCCAACAUGGCUGCCAUGUAACUGACACGGACAUACACGCAGGAGGACGUACGGAGGGCGUCGCUGCUGCAGCCGCCGCCGCCGCCGCUGCUUUUCGAGCGAGAGAGAGAGAGGAAAUAAAUAAAAAGAAAUUUCUCCCCAAAAAUUGAAUAUGGAGGCAAUAAAUGCUAUGUUCCUCUCAAGGCACAAUUAUAUUUAAGUGGACAAGUGUUUUGCUUUUGUUUUUUUUGUUUUUGGAAUCCUUUCUCAUUCCUUAUCUACAGACGUGUCGAGGUCAUUGAAUAGAAAGUGAUAUUUUUAAGUGUUAUUUAGAUUUAUUAUUUCUUUCCUCAUGUUUAGUUGUUUCCAUGUUUAUCAUCCUUAUUCUUAAUGGAGUUGUGUUUUGUGCCUUUAGCCUCCAGGUUUACCCCCUCCAGUGCUUUGAGUAUAGGCUGUUUUUUUUGAAGGGAGGAAGCAAGAAGAGCGAUAGCCUUAAGUUUGGUUUUCUCCUUGAUUUAGGAAAAUUAAAUUUAAAAAAAAAAAAUUAAAAAAAUGUCAAAAGUGAGAACAAAAAAACAGAAAAUAAUGGAAAAAUUGGUAUUAAGAGGGAAUGGGUAUUAAAAUAGAAAGAUGGAGGCCCCCAAAAAAAGCAGAUCACCGGUGUUAAAACAUUUACUGGGUGGGAAGAAAGUUACACUAAUAACUUUUGGUCACGAGAGAAAUUAUUGGGAAGAGUCAGUUUGUUUUAAUUCAUUUUGACACAUGUACACGUGUCCCCAAUGUGCCAGCAGUGCCUGUGAUUUGCGAACAAUGUAAGAAGAGAGCAUGUGUUAUUAUUAUUAUUAUUAUUUUUUUUUUUUUCCACUGUGAAUUUCAAGUGUAGCUGACCCUCUCCUCCCACUCCCAAACCCCGGGUUACUCAGCCAUGUGCUCCUCAGUGGAAAACCCGCUGUCGUCAGACGGAUUUGGGCUCUUUUGCUUUUUUAAGUCACUUCCAAACAGGCUCUCGCUUGGUGACCUCCAGAUGUCACGUUGUUGUUGGCGGGGGGAGGGGGGGGGAGGACACAGGCCUGCUGAGGGGAAUGUGUCUGGCGAGGAGUCCUGGAGUUGACAGGCCAACUUCCCUUCCCUUAAAAGGAGCAGCACAUGGGGACGGCCGGCAGGGUUGUCCCUUUUACAACCAUUGCAGGCUCGACGGCAGCUCUGGAACGGGAUCCUCCUCCUCCUCCUCCUCCUCCUCCUCCUCCUCCUCUGGAUCUUACUGUCUAUAAUUAUCCUGUUGAGGUGGUACCUUCAGGAGCCCCCCCCGCCACCUUACACUUCCUGUUACGCUGGGAUUCAUACAGCGUUUAAAACCCCUUUUGUGGUCAUGGAGAAGAAAGACAUCAUGUCUCCUCCGUGGGGGGGACACCACUCCCCCUCUUCAGACUUUGAUUUAUCGGUGACGGAGAAGCCCCCCUACAGAACGUUUCUAUUUCCAACCACACCUAUUAUUAGCAGCUCAUUUGAACCCUUGCAGAGCGGCAUUGCAGGGAGGUGAUCUAAGCUCUGCUUGUCAUCCCUUCCCUUUCUGGGGGGGGGGACGGGGGACGCUGGCCUCUCUCUCGGCUCUCUGAAGACUGAUUCCUGCUCGAGUCUCGUGUUGGUAGCAGAUAACCGGGAGACGCCUCUUAUCUGGCUGCUUCACAGCGGCGAUUAGGAAGCUGAGGACGGUCGGCUCAGCCUCUUCUUCUGCGCGUCACAUCUGGGGGGGUUUGUUUUUCCUCGGCUGCUCCACUUUUUUUUAUAAUCAAGCUGCCAAUAGUAUUUUUUUAACAACCAAGCGAGGGUGCUACACGUCGUCUUUCUCUGGACCAAAGCGUGCUUUACUACCAGCAACUCAAGCAAUCAAGUGCCUGUUGUCUUUUUGGAGAAUUAAUCUUUUUUUUUUUUUUUUUUUUUUAAGAAAGGCUUUUUAAUGGUGAUCAGGAGGGAUCGGUUCAGAUCAAAGGUUAAACUGUGUUAAUACCAAACCACCAUCACUGCAUUAGGAACUAGUUUAUGGGACAAUACAAACAUUAUUUUGGUUUGAUUUUGAAAUUUGAGUUCUUAUUUUUUUAUUGUUUUUCCCCUUAGUAGUUAGUUUUUUUUUAUUUAUUUUGUUUCCCACUCCUUUAAAACCCAUCAUUCCUUUCAGUCUCCUCCUUUGUCUUUUCCUACAUGUUUUCUCCAUCCUCCCCGAAUGCUUUUUUUUUUUUUUUUUUAAACCUAACUCAACCUUUUCUUGUCUACCUUUUUUUUGAAUUAGUUUUUGAAUUAGUUUUUCUGGCCAAAUACAAACCAAAGCAAUACCUGAAGUGCACUGAAGAGCUGCUGGAGUGUCACCCAGCAGAGACCCCCCCCCACCCCAACCACCCCAAACCCCCCCAUACUAACAGAAGCACUUUAGAGAGGCCUUGUUUUACUCCAACCACCUGAGAGGAAUGUAAAUAAGCUACGCUGUCAAUCGGUGGGCGGGAGUUGAGCUGGUUCUCAGGGACAUAAAGAGUUUUUGAGGACUGUUUUUUGCUAUUUUUUUUUUCCCUUUUAUAUUAUUUUGGUUCAAUGAAUUGGUUUAAUCGAGACGCCGCCUCCUCCUCCUCCUUCACCUUCAUCUGGUGCCUUUUCUACUCUGUAUUAAUCGUGACUCUUCUCAGCCAGACUGGAUGUUUUGAAGGUGGAUGUUGGAGGCAGAUUUCAGCUCUACUACACCCUGAAGGUUUUUUUUUUUUUUUUUAUCUGGGGGAAACCUUAUCAUUACUCGUGUGGUGGCUACGCCCCCUCCCAGGUUUAUCACCAGUCCUCCCAGCCCCAGAGUCCACAACACAGGGGACAAACAUCUGUCUUUGUGUCCUUUUUGGGUAACGAUAAAUUGGAUCAUGGGUUUUCUUGUUGGCGGCGCUCGUAACAGUUUAUGAUCGACGCCAAAGAAAAUGCACAGAAACAAAACUGUUGCGUUUUCUCGUUGGUAAUUGUAGUUUUAUUUUCAUUUAUUUUUUGCGCCCAUGAUCAUGAGUUCACGGUUAUUGUGUGUGGGGGGGUUUAAUGACGACUGAUGACAUUUACCUUUACCAUCAGAGGUCAGAGUUCAGGCUUGAUCCCUUUAUUUGUGGUCUCUUUGUGAUGUGGGUCGUGGGGGGGGGGGACAAAUCAAGAGGAUGAAGUGUUAAAUAUUAUUUUCAGACCCCUACUUUUCUUUCUUUCUGCUGUAAACGUGUCAGUGUUACACUCUCACCUCGCCUUUAGUCGCCUCACUCUGUUUGAGCGUUUGUUUUUUUCCUUCAGUGACGCCUGUAGACGUGUCUUUUCCUAGAGGGGGGGUGCAGAGGAAUCUUCAGAUUAGGUAUUUAGUGGUUCAGCUUGUCUAAAAAAAAAAAAAAAAAAAAGUACAAGUCUUACACCAGAGGAAUGUGAUUAUAUGAAGAGUUGUGAAUAUUAUUUUUUUGCAGCAGAUUUUUGUUUACGUGUGUGUGUGUGUGUGUGUGUUUGUGUGAAGGGAUGCCUGUGGUAAGUUUGAAAACAAACAAAAAAAAAAAGAGUGUGGGGGAAAAUAUAUGAAAUUUGUCGCACUAUAUAUAUAUAUAUUUUUGAAAUAGUUAAUGCAAAAAGAGCUUUUUUUGUCAGCUUUGUGAUUGUGACAAUGACUUUGAUGGUUACAACCAUUAUACUAUUUCAUUUUUCAGCACUUUUACCUCACUUGAGUUUUUCCUUUUGAAUGGAAAUGUACAUCAGGAAAAUGUGUUUGAAGAGGAAAUAAUGAAUAAAGAGUAUGAAAUGCAA